AGCCGGUGGCAUCUCCACAGGACGCCGAGAUGGAGAUUCCCACGGGGACCCAGGGCCACUUCUCACAGGGCCUCCUGCUCUCAGCCUCAGUCCUGGCCCUCUGGGUCCCCCAAGGCUCCUGGGCAGCCCUCCGCAUCCAGAAGAUUCCAGAGCGACCUCAAAAGAACCAGGACGUGCUCCUGUCGGUCCAGGGCAUCCCAGCCGCCUUCCAAGACUUCAUCUGGUACCGGGGGAAGGAGACAGAUGGUGGCACAAGGCUGUUCACCUACAUCCCUGAUAUACAGCGGCCCCAGAGAGAUGGCAGCGCCAUGGAGCAACGCGACAUCGUUGGCUUCCCCAAUGGCUCCAUGCUGCUGCGUGACGCCCAGCCCAAAGACAGCGGCACCUACCACGUAGAGGUCCACAUCAACCCUUCGUGGACCAUGCGGGCCAAGACUGAGGUCCAGGUGCCCGAAAAUUUUACGGAGCUGCCCGUUACACACCUGCCCGUGAGCACUGGGAUCGUGGCUGCCAUCCUCAUCGGAUCUCUUGCCGCCGCGUCCCUCCUCGUCGGCAGCAUUGCCUAUCUCCUGGUGACAAGAGGCUGGAGGGGCCAGAGGCACAGGAUGGCGACCACAGGGAAACCGGAGCUGGGCCCCAGUCACAACACUGGUGACGACAACAUCUAUGAGGCCAUGCGGUCUCCGGGCCUCCUGGCGUCCCCCCCCGACCUGCUGAACCCCGACCCUGCCCCUUACUGCCAGCUGGUGCCAACCCCCUGA